GGAGGAGGUCUGCGUAAACCCCGCCUCCGGUCUCGGAUCCUCUCGCAAGUCUUAUUCACAGCCUCUCACGUUGGAGAUAGAGAGAGAAAGGGGAGAAACAAGAAGAAGGGCACACACGAAGACGAAGAGGACGAAGAAAAGAGAGGGGAGCAGCAAAACGACCAUGGCAAUAUCCACAACGUCUCAGCCUGAGAUAGUGUCCGACCACAGCGCACCUCUACCACCGUCGACCACUGCACGGAGCAUGCAGCCGCACAAUAGACAGAGUCCAGAUGAAUGAGGAGCUAUACCUGGGCCGUGGACAAAAUGAGGGUCAUCUUCAUCCAAAACGCCGGUUUCGUCGCAGCUUUCUCGCCUUUUAGAUGUGAGUCGGUGAUGUUGGCAGCGUUUAGGACGAUAGAUGAGGUGAACGAGCUACAAUUAACCACAGCUAGAUCAUGCAAGUCGACUGAGGAGUGAGGAGAGCAGACAGAUUGAUUUAGUCUUUUUUUUUUCUUUUAUUGGGAUACAGCUUGCACGUACAUUAUAGCCAAUAUAUCAUCUUUAAAUCCAACGUGUGUUCCGCUUCCGGCAUGCUGCCUGCUGUCGAAAUCUGAAUACAUAUUUUAUUAUCAUAUUGGCACUAGAAUUAAUUCACAUCCAGUGAUACAGGACUAUGUAUCAGGUAAUUAUGGACCGAUAAUGUGCUUAAUCCAUUAGUAGAUUGAUUAUAUAGCGAUAAUAACAUGAAUAGGUAGGAUGAGAGAUCUUUGUUCACUUUGAUCAAAGCCAAUUGAUCAAACAAGACAAUCUGGAAAUGUUAGUUUCCACAUGUAAUGAUAUGACUAGUAGGCUGCGUGUUAUUCCUUGUAAUUUAUUUAUUUAUUAUUACUAUUAUUAGACCUAUAAGUAUUAUAUUAUCAAUUUAUUUUUUAGGUAGGUAGUUUGAAAUAUUUAACAGUGGGAAGGUUGUUUAAACACUUCCCUAGUGAGAUGGAAACCGCUUAUUUAUCGCCCCACCGGGGGGCAACCCGACCCGAGACCCAGAGGGGCCAAACCUCAGCGGGCAAACCGGCGGGGGGUGACCUCUCCCCUCCACCUCCACAUCCACAUCCGCCCCAAGCUCCAUCCCUACCUGCCGGCAACUCACCCGAAGACACCCCGGCAAGCAGUGAUGGACGGAGGAACUCGGGCGUGAAGAAACACCACCACAAGCAUAACCUGAAACACCGCUACGAGCUGCUGGAGACGCUGGGAAGAGGCACCUAUGGCAAAGUCAAGAAGGCCAUUGAGCGACACUCCGGCAGAGAGGUGGCUAUCAAGUCAAUUCGGAAGGAGAAGAUCAAGGACGAGCAGGACAUGGUUCACAUCCGCCGGGAGAUUGAGAUCAUGUCAUCCCUCCGCCACCCACACAUCAUCUCGAUAUAUGAAGUGUUUGAGAACAAGGACAAGAUCGUGAUCGUGAUGGAGUAUGCCAGCAAGGGUGAGCUGUAUGACUACAUCAGCGAGCGCCGGCGCCUGAGCGAGCGGGAGACACGACACUUCUUCAGACAGAUAGUCUCCGCCGUGCACCACUGCCACAAGAAUGGAGUGGUGCACAGGGAUCUGAAACUGGAAAAUGUGCUACUGGAUGAAAACUGUAAUAUUAAGAUUGCUGAUUUCGGGCUUUCCAACCUCUACCACAAGGACAAGCUGCUGCAAACCUUCUGUGGCAGCCCACUCUACGCUUCACCAGAGAUUGUCAAUGGGAGACCUUACCGUGGCCCAGAGGUGGACAGCUGGGCUCUGGGGGUGCUGCUGUAUACCCUGGUCUAUGGAACCAUGCCAUUUGAUGGGGGAGACCACAAGAACCUCAUUCGCCAGAUUAGCAACGGCGAGUACAAAGAGCCCACUCAGUCCUCAGACGCCCGUGGACUGAUCCGCUGGAUGCUGAUGGUGAACCCUGAGCGCCGGGCCACAGUGGAGGACAUAGCCAACCACUGGUGGGUAAACUGGGGCUGGAAGAACAGUGUGUGUGACUGCGAGACCCAACGUGACCACGGAGGCUCGCCCAUGCUGGCCCGCUUCAUCGACUGGCAGAACCGCACUGAGCCACGUGGUUCUGGAGCCAAGGCUGCAGCCAUGCCCCAGAUUUUGCGCCAGAGGCCCAAAAAGUCCAAGAAGGAAAAUGUGGAGGCAGGACAGGCCCACUGUGGAGCAGAGGACAAGCCAGGUCUGAAGAGACCCAAGGGGAUCCUAAAGACCAGGGUUACUGAGGAGCAGAGGUCUGCCAGUCUGGACGAGGUGGAGUUGGGCCAAGCAGCGCUGCCUCAACAAGCAGAAGUGGGGGAGGAAGCCUCGAGCCCAGAUCAAGAGGAGGAGGAGCCGAGUCUGGGAGGAGGUUCGCCAGCUAAGAUGGUGCCCUCCCUGCCAAAGAAAGGCAUCUUGAAGAACAACCAACAGCGGGAAUCAGGGUACUACUCCUCACCAGAGCGCAGCGAGUCCUCCGAGCUUUUAGGGGGUGCCAGCAUGUCUCUGCUCGCCACAUCUCCACCAAAGAGAGUGAUGGGGAGAAAGGGCAUCUUGAAGCGAAACGGCAAAUACUCCACCUACAGCGGGCCUCCAUCAGCGGCAGCAGUGGCUGGAGCCCUUGGCGAGCCUCCUCCCUCAACUGACUCUGGCCUGUCUCGCAGUCAGAGUCGGCCCUCCAGCAUAGUCGGGGAGGACAGCUCCGUCCUGUCCCUGUCACCCAGCUCCCUCAGCGGGGCCGAGUGGCAUCCCUCCACCCACAACCUCCGCCCGAACAUCAGGGCCUGCGUCUCGGCUGAAAACCUGCUGCAGCUCGCCAACUUCAAGGGCUUCCAGGCAGCCCCGCCGCUCCAGGGACCCAAGUUCAGCCGUGGCCCCAAAACAAAAGGCUCCCCGGGGGACAAUGGCAGCUUCUCCUUGCUGGGGGACCUGGAGGACAUGACUCAGGUGUACCAGCAAGCCCUGGACAUCAGCAGCAACCUCACCUAACAGAUGGGUGGCAGAGAGAGAGAGAGAGGAAGCAGAGGGAACUGACUGUGUGUGUGUAUGUGUGUGUGCAGAUGUGUAAUACUGUAGGUGGCAUUAACGACCAGUGUGUUACUGGGAUACACCUUUAGGGAAGUGGUGGUUUUCCAAAUGGGGCCGAGAUCUUGAUGGAAAUGAUACGUCUUGCACAUACAUACAUACACACACAGAUGUACACACUUCAGCUGGCACGAGAGAAUGCCACCCAGUCUGCUUUCUCGGCCCGCCCAUAGACUUUGCUGUGUUCAACAUGUUUACAUAUUCAGCAAGAAGGCAAGUUAGAAUCACAAACGCAGCAACCAGAAACUGGUUGGCUCUCGUUGUACACCACCCAUUUUGAGUUUGAGUUUACAAAAGCACCUUAAAACUCACACAGAGCACAUGUUUUUGUGAUCUUUACUUCCUUUAAAAAAAAAAAAAAGAAACAAACCAGGGUCUUGUUCCAAUAAUAACUGACAUUGCUGAUUAUUUAUUAAUAUUUUCGUAGCUUUUAGUUGAAAACUGGUGGGCGCUGGCUGUUACUGGAAGAGUCCUUGUCUCCAACUCUUUGUGUGGAACUGACAUAUAUAAUUAUGUUGCUCAGCGAUGAGAAACAUAUAUAUACUCAGCAUAUAUAACUGUGUCUGCGCUUGUAAAACACGCAGGCAAAUAUACCUUCAUAAAAGCGUAUGUCCUAUAUAUGUGUAUGAUACUAGGGAAUAUGUAGGAAGUGCCUUUUUUGAUUCAUAAUAAAAAAAAAAGAAUUAUGUAUGUCAUUUCCGUAAAGUGGAGGGAAAAGCCAGGCCAACCUGUCACCAGUUGUGCUUUUUUAAUUAAAAUGUUGUUUGUGAAUGUGGAGAGACCCAGGGCCUUCAGCGCACAGCUGACUAGCUUUAAUAGUUUUGGGGUUCAAAGGUCAAUCUCAGACAGUUGAGAUCAAACAGUCUCGUCUCCUCCCCCCCACCGAUCCUUCCACAAGUAGAAUCACACACAGAUAUGCCGCCUCAGAGAGACCUCCUCUGUGUUCUUUGUCAGUGUUUAAGCGCAUAGUUUGGUUUGUCAGCAGUUUAGGUGGUUUAGUUAAGCGCAGAUUUGCUGGCAGCACCAGGAGCCUGGAGGGACUCACCUAGUGGGGCAUUUAGUGAAGGGAGAUUGCGCAGACACCAUCUCACAGUCCUGGAAUGUGCCUGGCUCUCUUUACCUUGGUUGUUUCACAUUUUCGAGGUUACCUGAUGAAACAGGCUGUUUUAGUGCGAGAUUCAAUUGUUUUUGUUUGUUUUUAUUUUUACCAAAGACACAUUAGGUGGUUUCAAUCGUCAGACUAGUUAAUAUUUCACCCGAAACUCUUCAAAAGAGCCAAGUAAGGUGGUUUGCUUAGCCUGCUGAUGACACAGCAAAUUCCUCAGACAAAAAGGCUGGAGACGUGUCGGUGCUAGAGAUCUCUAUCAGCCCCGGCCCGACUCAGCACAGGUGGGAUCUGCGGUCCGCGCUCAGCCCUCCAGCUGUGUAUACUAGUCCAUUAUGUCAACCAAGCACAAUUAGCCAGCUAUUGUUUUCAUUUGAGAGUAAGAGAGAGGCAGUGGCGCGUAGAGAUUUAUAGCUAGAGGGAGAAGGAGAGAGUGUGAAAGAGCGACGCUUGGAAAGGACUUUCCUGUAAAACACAGGAAAGGUCGAGGAGUUAGGUUUAUUUUUUUUGAAGGAACUGUAAUGUAGAGUAGUGAAAGUAAAGAAAGUGAGUAGAAAGAGUAGAUGGAAAGUUUUUCUUUUAAUACCAAAGAUGUGAUGGAGCUUUGGCAUGAUUCAUGGGAAUGGAUGGGUUACGGACUAAUGGGAGUCCUCUGGAUUUUUUUUCUUUGGCUUGGGAAUCCCCAUUGGUGAAUGAAAUCAUCCCCGCGUUGGCUUCACCUCACAUUUGUUUUCUUUUUCAGCUUUUAUUUGAGAUGCUGGAGGCUGUUGAUACAGCUUGUCUUGAGGGUCAGUGUGUGUGCAUGGCCUUAGAAAGUGUGUUACACUUUUCCACAGCAGCAGAAAAGUGGGGAGAACGGUGACUGACAUCAUCCAGAAUAUCAAAUGAUGUGGAUGGAAAACCAUGCAGUAGAUGACCCCUGAGGAAAUUGAUCACAUGUUGAAUGUUUGCAGUGGUCCUCUGGUGUGAAGGAAAGGUCCUGGGUACUGAUUUUAAAUGAACGACCCCGUUGCGUAUUAUAUUGCAUUUUAUUGCCUUUUGUAUUGCAUUUUAUUGUCAACUGGAUUUACAGUGAGAAAAUUAUACUAUGUUAGUAUUUUUGUUUUAUUAUGCUUCUGUUUUUGAUUUUCCAAAAUGUAAGAAACUUUAUAUUGCUUUAUGUUAUGGCAGAAAAUACUUCCUUCCUCGAAGUAUUGGGAUUUCUCUCCAGAAAAAAAACAGAAAUUGGUGUAGUCUCAGUUUUCCCGUUUUGCUACACAUGUAGAGAAGCCUGUCAACCAAAUCCAAAUAUCCAAAAACCAGCUCUUACAGAUUAUUUGGAAUAGGGCAACAUGCAAGAAUAUUAGCUGACCUGAAGAAAACUGCAUCUGUUCCUCUACCAAAGCAGGAGAGGUCCAAAACGCUGCAGGAGAAAAAGGAAAUAAAGCAAUGGAAAGAAUCUGAUGAUGAAACUUUAACUCUGCCAAACUGGAAAUACGUGGUGCAUAUCUGUUAGUUAGCAGAAAGUCUAAUCAUAGGAAAACUUGACUGGAUAUUGUUAUGACAAUAAUAAUAAAUUAGUAUUAUUAUGUUAUUUAAGUAUUAUUUUCGUCUCAUUACUAUUGAUGGCUAUUGCCACAGUUUUUGGUUUUAAUUUUUUUUGGUGAUCCUGGACUGCCAAGGUGGAUUAAGUUGCGUGCCUUUGGUAUCUUUUAUGAAUUUUUUUUUUUUUUUUUUUUGAUAAUGAAAGUUAUUAUCAAUGUGUUUUUAUACUUGUAUUUAUUGGUGAUCAAGCCAUUUAAAUUGUUGUCAAAAUACUCCCUGUUCAUGCUUCGGCCUGCUUUAGACUGUGUGUUGUGUUCAGGCGCAGAUGUGCUGCACACAAAAACAUAUAACCGUUUGUUCGAAAUAGAGUGGUAUCAUCUCAUUGUGAAAGCAGUGGUCAAGCGUGUAUUUUUUAAGAGUAACAAAUCAAUAACAGUUCCUUAAAUCCUGUAAAAUGUCUUAAUUCAUCCAUCCGGGUGUAUUUCUACUCAACACAAUGCCUCUGUAGUACUGUAUCAACUUAAAUAAAUGGAUCUUGAAAGGUA